AUGCUUUGCCAGAAAAUGGGAAAUUCAAGAUACCGUUUACUUCAUCUUAUUUGUUUCCUUAUAUUUCAGCUCGUAUUCCUAGCUCCAAAUGGAGCAAGAGCAAUAGAAGAAAUGAAAAACUUGGUUCAUGUGGGCUUGGUUCUGGAUUUUAACUCAUCAAUUGGUGUCAUGUCAGAUACUUGCAUUUCCAUGGCAAUCUCUGAUUUCUACGCCACUCAUUCGAGAUACAAAACAAGACUAUCUCUACACACCAGGAAUUCCAAAGAUGUUGUUGGUGCAGCUUUUGCAGCUAUGGAUUUGAUCAACAAUGAAGAAGUAAAUGCAAUUGUAGGGCUCCAAACAUCAAUGCAAGCUAAUUUUGUGAUAAGUCUAGGAGAAAAGGCUCAGGUUCCCAUUAUUUCUUUCUCAGCUACAAGCCCCUCUCUUUCUACAACAGAAAACAAAUUUUUCAUCCGGACAGCACAAGAUGAUGGCUCUCAGGUGAAACCUAUUGCAUCACUUGUUCAAGCCUAUGGAUGGCAAGAAGCAGUCUUUGUAUAUGAAGACACAGAGUAUGGAAAUGGCUUGGUUCCCUAUCUAGCUGAUGAAUUUCAGCAAUUCAACAUUCGGGUGACUUCUAAGUGUUCAAUCUCUCUGGAUUCCAGUGAUUUUGAAAUUUUGAAGAAGUUGAAUCAUUUAAUGGUGAGGGAAACAAGGGUGUUUGUGGUGCACAUGACUGCUUCUUUAGGGUCUAGACUCUUUUUACUAGCAAAAGAAGCUGGCAUGAUUAGUGAAGGAUAUGCAUGGAUCAUUACUGGCGGGAUCUCUAGUAUGUUGGAUUCAAUGGAAGAGAAUAUCAUUGAUUCCAUGGAAGGUGUAUUGGGUAUAAGGCCAUAUGUACCAUCAUCAAGAAGGCUUAACAAUUUCAAGCUGAGAUGGAAAAGUAAAGCCUCUCAACGCAAAAAUGAAGUCAAACUAAACCUUCUUGGUUUAUGGGCAUAUGAUACUGUUUGGGCAUUAGCUAUGGCUGCUGAAGGGAAUGGACUCGGAGAGGUGAGUUCUAAUGCCUUGAAACAAAACUCAUCCAGAAAUGCAGCUCAUCUUUCAGGUUUAAGGGUGUCUGAUACAGGUCUGAGCCUCCGAGACAUGUUAUUAGAUAUCAAAUUCAAAGGCCUCAGUGGAGAUUUCAGUUUGGUUAAUGGACAGUUGAAGUCUACAACCUUUGAAAUUAUAAAUAUUGUAAGGAAGCAAGCCAGAGUAAUUGGGUAUUGGACUCCUGAGAAAGGACUCUCUCGCAGCCAAAAAUCCAGUAAAGUAGCAUACACAAAUUCCAUGGAUGAAUUGAUAUCUCCAGUCUGGCCAGGAGGCGCAAGAUCUAUACCAAAGGGUUGGGUUAUGCCAGUAAGUGGGAAGAAAAUGAGGAUUGGAUUUCCCAUAAGAGCAGGGUUAACAGAAUAUUUGAGAAUGGAAGUUGAUCCCUACACCAAGAAGCGUUUCAUUUCAGGGUUCACCCAUGAUAUCUUCUUGGCUGUAUUGGAUGAACUGCCAUUUGCAAUUCCACAUCGACUGAUUCCCUUCAGCAUCGGUUCUCAAAAUAGUUUCAAAACUUACGAUGAUCUCCUUAAUCAAAUCAAACUUCGAAGAUUUGAUGCUGUUGUGGGGGACAUAACGAUAACUGCAAAUAGAUCACAGUACGUGGACUUCACAUUGCCAUACUAUGAAUCAACUGUGGCAAUGGUGGUGAAAAUAAAAGAUGAUCGAGGGAACAACAUGUGGAUCUUCUUAAAGCCAUUGAGUUGGGAUCUAUGGUUAACAACAGCGCUGGCCUUCAUCUUCACAGGCUUAGUGGUAUGGGUUCUUGAACAUCGUAUAAACGAUGAGUUCAGAGGUCCACCUGAUCAGCAAGUCGGAACCAUUUGCUGGUUCUCCUUCUCCAUUCUUGUCUUUGCUCAUAGUAAUUCUCUUCUCUCUCCACAUCCAUUAAUAAUAUUUUUAGAAAUUAAUACUACUAGUGAAAAACCCAUGUCAGUCUAAACUUUUAGAUGAAACAAUUAUACAGAUAGAUUGUU